AUUGGUCGGCAGGGCGGGGGGGUGGCCAUGAUUGGUUCGAGGGGGUUUAGCCCCGCCUUCCCGGAAGUGUCGCUCCGGCAGCAGCGCCCGGCGGGAGGGUCCGGCCGCGCGCAGCGAAGCCCCGCAGGACCCCCCUCCUCGGGGAGGGGGCGCGUACCCCCCCCCCUCCAUGCCGCUGGGCCUGGGCCGCCGCAAGAAGCCCCCGCCGCUGGUGGAGAACGAGGAGGCGGCGGGGGGUCGCGGCGGAGCUGCCGGCGAAGCCCCGGGGGUCGCGGCGGGGGCUCCUGGGGGGCCGCCUACCCCGGGGCUGCCGCCGCCGCCCGCCGCCCUCCGGCCGCGCCUGGUGUUCCACACGCAGCUGGCGCACGGCAGCCCCACCGGCCGCGUCGAGGGCUUCACCAACGUCCGGGAGCUCUACGGCAAGAUCGCCGAGGCCUUCCGCAUCCCCCCGGCGGAGGUGAUGUUCUGCACCCUCAACACGCACAAGGUGGACAUGGAGAAGCUCCUGGGGGGCCAGAUCGGCCUCGAGGACUUCAUCUUCGCCCACACCAAGGGCCAGCGCAAGGAGGUCGAGGUCUUCAAGUCCGAGGAGGCCUUGGGGCUCACCAUCACCGACAACGGCGCCGGCUACGCCUUCAUCAAGCGGAUCCGCGAGGGCAGCGUCAUCGACCGCAUCCCGGUGAUCGGCGUCGGGGACAUGAUCGAGGCCAUCGACGGGCGCAGCCUGGUGGGCGCCCGCCACUACGAGGUGGCCAAGAUGCUGAAGGAGCUGCCGCGGGGACGCACCUUCGCCCUCCAGCUCACCGAGCCCCGCAAGGCCUUCGACAUGAUCGGCCGCGGGGCGGGGGGGGGCCGCGGCGGGGGCACCCAGCUGGGCACCGGCCGGGGCACCCUGCGCCUCCGCGCCCGGGGACCCGCCACCGUCGAGGAGCAGCCCUCCGCCUUCGAGGAGCGGGCCGUGGCCAAGGUGGACAAUCUGCUGGAGAGCUACAUGGGCAUCCGGGACAGCGAGCUGGCCGCCACCAUGGUGGAGCUGGGCCGGGACGCGCGGGACCCCGACGCGCUGGCCCAGGCCCUCGACUCGCAGCUCGGCGACUUCGCGUUCCCCGACGAGUUCGUCUUCGACGUCUGGGGGGCCAUCGGCGACGCCAAGGUGGGGCGCUGCUAGGGGGGGGCCACCCCCCACCCCCCUGCCAGGACCGGGAACCCCCCCCCGGGAUUGGGGGAUCCCUCCCGCACACCCACCCACUGACGGACCGCCACGGAUUGGGCCCCCCCCACCCCCCUGGCUCUGUCCCA